GAGCAAGAAACCCGGAUGCGGCUGAGCCGUUCCGGCUUGUGGCGGGAUGGAGGGUGACGCGCCACCGCCUGCCCAGGGCCCUCCUGUGGGACAGGAAGGCGUCCAGUUCCUUCUCCACGCAGUGAGCUCACUAUUGUCAGACUAUGGCUGGUAUAUCCUCUUCAGUCUUAUUGCUAUUUAUCUACUUGUACACAAACUCUCGAAAAAUCUUCAAGGCGCUAGAAAACGCUACGCACCCGUGACAGCUGUAGAACCAGAUGCUGUGGUUAAACAACAAGAAGCUCUUCUAGCUGCCCGGAUGAAGAUGCAGGAAAAAUUGAAUGCACAAGCAGAGAAAUUCAAGGAAAGGCAGAAGAUGGUUGAAGAGGAGAAGAGAAGGCAAAAGAUAGCCAUGUGGGAAAGCAUGCAGGAAGGAAAAAGUUACAAGGAGACUCUCCAACACCACCAGGAGCCCAAACCUGGAGCCUCGACAUCAAAAGCUGUCUCAAAGCCAAAAUCCAGCAGAAAGCCCUUACGAGGUGAUGGUUAUAACCCCCUGUCUGGAGAAGGUGGUGGACUUGUUCGUGGAGACCAGGACGCAGAGGCCCUUCCUCAGGUGGAUGAGGCUAAUUCAACCGGUGUCUUCCUUUGACACCGAAGGGCAUUAACUUCACCUUGCAACCAGUGGCUGUCUGUGGGUUGCUUGCUGUGGGGAUUUUGGAGGAAAGAAGGAAAGUUGGUGAUUCCCUACAUGGCUCUGCCAUACUCUCCUCUGAACUGUAGAGCUUGGCUCUGGAGUUUCUGUUCCCACCAACUAACAGAAACAGAUUCAAAUGAAGUUCACUGAUGGUUCCUUGUAGCAGCCAACAACCAUGGAUGACGUGGCCCUUCUAAAUGGUGACCACACCACCGAGGGCAACUGAUGUUAGAAACCAUUGAGCAGGGCAGUUCUUGCCAUACUCUUUUUAUCAUUUCUGCUUUGUAUAACAAAAAUACUGUAAAUAGCAUUUGCAAGAGAUCUGUUUCUUUAGCCUUUUUCUAUAGAGAAAAGUAUGUGCUCUAGUUUAAUAAAUGUGUCUUAAGGCUGAAA